UAAAGUGACCAUUUGCCCCAUCAUAGCGCAUGAAAUAAAGAACCGUUUGGUUGGUGCCCAUUCUUUUUUUCUGUAUAUGUUGGUUUCCCCGUUCGAAUUUCCCGUCUCUUCGGAUGCACAUUCUGCAUCCACAGAAGCGCGUUUCGUCGAUCUAAAACCAUAAACCCCUCUCUCGUUAGAUCUCCUUCCGUUCGUUUCUUCUAUCUCUCUUCCGAUCCGAUCCGAUCUAUUUUCCGAUUUCAAAAUGGCGACGAUGACGAGCUUGAUCGGUCUCAUCAAUAAGAUCCAACGAGCCUGCACCGUGUUAGGCGAUUACGGCGGCGAGGGUUUAUCGCUUUGGGAAGCUCUUCCAUCCGUCGCCGUCGUCGGUGGCCAGAGUUCAGGAAAAUCGUCGGUGCUUGAAAGCGUGGUCGGAAGAGAUUUUCUGCCUCGUGGAUCUGGUAUUGUUACACGGAGACCGUUAGUGCUGCAACUUCACAAGACAGACAAUGGGACGCAGGAGUAUGCGGAGUUUCUUCACUUACCGAGAAAGAGAUUCACUGACUUUGCUGCUGUGAGGAAGGAAAUAGCAGAUGAAACAGAUCGUAUAACUGGGAAGACAAAGCAAAUUUCUAACAUUCCAAUUCAACUCAGCAUUUAUUCUCCAAAUGUCGUAAACUUGACCCUCAUAGAUCUUCCUGGGCUGACAAAGGUUGCAGUAGAGGGACAGCAGGAGAGUAUUGUUCAAGAUAUCGAAAACAUGGUCCGCUCUUAUGUUGAAAAGCCAAAUUGCAUUAUCUUAGCUAUCUCUCCUGCAAACCAAGAUAUUGCCACAUCAGAUGCCAUAAAAAUCGCACGAGAAGUUGACCCUUCAGGUGAAAGAACGUUUGGUGUUGUUACCAAACUUGAUCUUAUGGAUAAAGGAACUAAUGCAGUUGAUGUACUCGAGGGAAGGCAAUACAGGCUGCAGCAUCCAUGGGUUGGAAUUGUGAACCGUUCACAAGCUGAUAUUAAUCGGAAUGUUGACAUGAUUGCUGCUCGUAGGAAGGAGCGUGAAUAUUUUGAGACAAGUCCUGAAUAUGGACAUUUGGCACAUAAAAUGGGAUCAGAAUAUCUUGCUAAGCUUUUAUCUCAGCAUUUGGAGCAAGUUAUCAGACAGAAAAUACCAAGUAUCAUUGCCUUAAUAAAUAAGACUAUUGACGAGCUAAAUGCCGAGUUGGACCGUAUAGGCAGACCAAUUGCUGUGGAUUCAGGGGCCCAACUAUACACUAUUUUAGAGAUGUGUCGUGCAUUUGACAAAGUAUUUAAAGAGCACCUGGAAGGAGGCCGUCCUGGAGGGGACCGGAUAUACGGAGUUUUUGAUCACCAAUUACCAGCUGCUUUAAAAAAGCUUCCUUUUGAUCGCCAUCUUUCCCUGAAAAAUGUCCAGAGGGUUGUCACUGAAGCUGAUGGGUAUCAACCCCAUCUAAUUGCUCCAGAGCAGGGUUACAGAAGACUCAUUGAAGGAUCUAUAGGCUAUUUCAAAGGCCCAGCUGAAGCCUCCGUGGAUGCUGUUCACUUUGUUUUAAAGGAACUUGUACGGAAAUCAAUUGCAGAAACUGAGGAACUAAAAAGAUUUCCAACACUUUCAAAUGAUAUAGCAACUGCUGCAAAUGAAGCUCUGGAAAAAUUCCGAGAAGAAAGCAGGAAGACAGUUACACGGUUGGUUGAUAUGGAGUCUAGCUAUCUAACAGUGGAGUUUUUCAGGAAGAUUCAUUUUGAACCAGAAAAGAAUCCAAAUGGACCACCAAAUCCAAACCGGAAUGGUCCCCCAAAUAUGGACAGUUAUACUGACAAUCACCUUCGCAAAAUUGGAACAAACGUAAGUUCCUAUAUUAAUAUGGUUUGCGAUACACUUAAGAAUACCAUACCCAAGGCUGUGGUUCAUUGUCAAGUUAGAGAGGCUAAGCGAUCUUUGUUGAACUACUUUUACGUUCAAGUUGGGAAGAAGGAGAAGGAAAAAUUAGGUGCGAUGUUGGAUGAAGAUCCAGCCCUUAUGGAAAGGAGAAAUCAAAUAGCCAAAAGGCUUGAAUUAUACAAGCAAGCUAGGGAUGACAUUGACUCGGUGGCUUGGAAAUAAUGAGAUCCCAGAGUUUGCAACAGAUGUGAGAUUUGUUAUAGAUUUUGUAGCUUUUUUACUAUUUUUUUAAUCAAGCACGAACAGAAAAAAGUCCACGGUCAUGACAAGAAGUGAAAUUCGUACUUGCGUAUAAUUCUUUUGACCCACAUACCACAGUGUAAAAAGCAUCCGAUCCGAGUUCUAUGUUGUGAUUUUAUGUAACUUACCAGUUCUUAAGAUGUUUGAUUUUUAUGUUCGAAGGACGACUUCUCCAUUUUAUUA